UAGCGUGUCCAAAAACGAUAAUGGUACAAUGCAAAAUAAUGAAAGAACAUCGGUUUGGGAAGUUUUUCGAAACGAUUAUCUUUUGAGAAAUAUACUUCAACAUUUAGAUGCCGAGAGUCUGGCGAGCGCUGCGAGGGUUUGCAAAUUCUGGUUAGAAAUUGCGAAUAAUGAGAAAAAAACAAGAGGUCCUUGUUACUUUAUAGAAUUGAACUUGAGAUCCUCUGAUUUGUCAUGGAACAUUGAAAACAUAAGAAUUAAACCAUCAGUAGGUUUCUAUUUUGUUCCUCACCUUCCCUUCAGAUUCUACGUUUCAGGCGAACACAUGGAGAAUUUGCUACCUAAACAUUGUGAAAUUAUAAUACUGUAUAAUGAUGGUAUUAUUAUGGAUAAAGAAUAUAAUAAACCUGCACAAAUGGUAUGUACGUUUUUGCCACAAAUCCCGAACGUGAGAGUAAAAUUGUUCAAACUGCCAGAAAAUUGUUUCAUAUCGGAAACAGCCGAAUAUAAGGAGAUAAUUAGCACAGUUGUUAACAAUAAAACAUCUACUUCGAAUCACGAGACAUGUUUUAUGUUAUUUUGUACUCCGGAGGGUCGUAAAACAGCACAACGGUGGGCCUCAGCUAUAAAGAAAAGUGAAGAAUAUAAAGUAGUAUGGGUUGGUGUGAUGAGAGACAUUAUCACACAUUAUGCACAUACUGACUUGUGCAAAAGAAAAACGAAAUGGUUUAAUUUAUACAAAAGUGAUCAAUGUGUUGCCGUUCUAAUUACUGGUCCUAUACAGACAUGGUCCAUGAGUUUGGGAUGGGAAAGCAAUACAGAGGAGCAAAUGGAAGCGAGAUUAAAUUUAUUUAAGGACGAAGUGAACUUAAGGAAACAUUCCAUAGGAUUUAUCUUUGCAAACCCAUAUCGUAAAACUAAUACGUUUCCCCAAUUUUAUGAAGAAUCAACAAUAUUCAAAAGAGUAUUCCCCACAGUACUCUUAGUAGGUUGCCUUAAUUUUGACAGCGAAUUCAGAAAAGCUACUGCCAUUGAUAAGAUGAAGAAUGAAAGAGACAACAAAGAGAAACAAGAUUGUAAGAAAUCUAAAUUUUUGUAUAAUAGAGGCCGUGCUGUAUUUUUGAUACUUACGUAUGAUUAACGUUUUUAAAGAGAAUACAUAUGCUGCGUGCUGCGAAAAUAUUUUAUCACUCGUACAUUACUAGAUUUAGAUCUUGUAUUUACCAAUCUUUUUAAUUGUUAACAAAACAUGAAAGCAAUGAUCGUUGACAUUCACAGAACAAAAACGUAGAAUAACAAACGUCGUAGCAAUAAAUUUGAGUACUGAAAAUUGUACCUUAUUUUAGAUGUAAUAUCUACGAAUGCAUGUUUUGUACAAAUCCUAAAAUAAUGUUACUGAUGAAUAAAGGAAACAAAUUAUAACUUAUGAUAA